GCAUGUCUGUGUACACGUAUGUGUGUACAUGUCUGUGGGCUGUGUCUGUGUAUCUGUCUGUGUACAUGUAUGUGUGUACAUGUCUGUGUGCUGUGUCUCUAUAUCUGUGUACAUUUGUGUCUGUGUAUACAUGUCUGUAUGUCUGUGUACACAUGUAUCUGUGUGUACAUGUCUGUGUGCUGUGUCUGUGUGUAUCUGUGUCUAUGCAUGUCUAUGUACACUUGUGUCUGUGUGUACAUGUCUGUGUGCUGUGUCUCUGUAUCUGUAUGUCUGUGUACACUUGUGUCUGUGUGUACAUGUCUGUGUGCUGUGUCUGUGUAUGCAUGUCUGUGUACACAUAUGUGUGUACAUGUCUGUAUGCUGUGUCUGUGUAUCUGUUUGUGUAUGCACGUCUGUGUACACGUGUCUGUAUGUACAUGUCUGUGUGCUGUGUCUAUAUCUGUGUCUGUGUAUGCAUGUCUGUGUACACUUGUGUCUGUGUAUACACGUCUGUAUGUCUGUGUACAUGUGUAUCUGUGUGUACAUGUCUGUGUGCUGUGUCUGUGUGUAUCUGUCUAUGCAUGUCUAUGUACACUUGUGUCUGUGUGUACAUGUCUGUGUGCUGUGUCUCUGUGUGUAUCUGUGUCUGCGUAUGCAUGUCUGUGUACACGUGUGUCUGUGUGUGUACAUGUCCAUGUUGUGUGUCUCUGUGUACCUGUGUUUGUGUACACAUGUCUGUGUGUGUUAUGUCCAAGUUCCCUUGCAGGGACAACAGUAAGCGAGUGAGGGAGGGGGCAUACUCUGAGACCAGAGCAAUGUAGACGAGCCUCCAGAUACGGACUUGACCAGGUGGGGGUGGUGGGGGUUGUGUGGGGCAGGUCACAGGGAGAGGCUCACAGAGCUCUGAGUGGGAUGGGGUCCAGAUCUUCUAGCCCCCGUCCCAGGUGGCAUUCCCUGACAUGGCUCUGGUGUUACCACACACACAGGCCCUUCCUAAGCCAAGGUGACCCCUCUCCCAACUUCCUCCUCUUCAAGCUGGCAACAGAGGAGACGAAGAGCCCAGCCCCACGCCCUGAGUGCGGCGGGGCCAAGGCCAGGGCCUCGGGGAGCCAUGGAGACCUUCGUGGAGUCACUGAACAGGCUGAAGGACAUCCACGAGAAGGAGGUCCUAGGCCUGCAGAACAAGCUCCUGGAACUGAACUCUGAGAGGUGCCGGGAUGCCCAGAGGAUGGAGGAGCUGUUUGCCAAGAACCACCAGCUCCGGGAGCAGCAGAAGGCGCUGACCGAGAAUGUGCGGGUGCUGGAGAACAGGCUUCGGGCCGGCCUGUGUGACCGCUGCAUGGUGACCCAGGAGCUGGCCAGGAAAAAGCAGCAGGAGUUCGAGAGCACCCACCUGCAGAGUCUGCAGCACAUCUUCCUCCUGACCAAUGAGAUGACCAGGCUGAAGGAGGAGAACAGGAGCUUGAAGGAGGAGGUGAAGCGGCUUCGGGGCCUGGAAGACAGGCCCAAGCCCCUGAGCAGGGAGGGUGCUACGGACCCCCUUUCACCCCUGCUGCUGCCCUCCCCUGGCGGCCAGAAGGCUGGUACUGAGAAGUCACCGCAAGGCCAUGAGGAGCCUGAGGCCGAGUGCCCCAGCAUAGAUCCACGGGGAGAAGAGCAGCCGCUGGGGUACAGGACAUCAUCUGCCACCAAAAUCUCCCCAGGUGCCAACCUGCCCGAGCCGCGGGCCCCAGACAUGAGCCCGCAGCGCAUCUCCAACCAGCUGCAUGGGACCAUAGCCGUGGUACGGCCUGGGUCCCAGGUGUGCCUCGUGGACCACAGCUCCUCCAACGGGACACCCCCGCCACCCACCAGGAGCAGCCCGCCCAGCCCUAACUAUGAGCCCAGCCUCCCACUGGACAGCCUCCUGCGGGCCUCCCGGCCCUCCACCAUGGCCUUUGAGGCCCUGAAGCGCUCCCUCCAGGCUGACCGCCUUGGCCUCCUGAGCCGCCACCUGGCCCUGCGCCUCCACAGCCCCCGCAGCAGCUCCCUGAACCCCACCAUGGCCCCUGAUGGCCCCCGGCCAAAGACCCUAAAAGCUGUGGAGACUGAGAGCUGGGAGGGGCCCACGGGCCUCCUGGGCCUGCCAGGGACCCUGGCGGAUGUGAGGGACCCACGGCUGGAGGGCACACUGCACCUGCUCCUGACCCAGCGGCGGCUUCGAGUGCGAGCUGGCAGUGCCAGGCCAAAGGGCCUGCCUGUGCCAGGGGGCAUGCCACCCUCCCCGCCCACUGGGUCAGACUCCGAGGGCCCUGAGGACAACAAGGUGGCCAGGGCAGGACUGACCACAGCAGCCUGGCACGAGGGGUGGCACCCACAGCCCACAGACGGGGGCAGCCCCAGGGGCGAGAUGGUUGCGGCUCUCCAAGAAUAUGCCCCAGACAAGCCCCUAGACCUCUCAGAUCGGGGCCGUGGCCGCAACGCCCCCAAGCCUGCCUGCCACCCUGGGUCACUCAGCCCCCCAACCACCCACACUCCCAGCCCAGAGUCACCCCAGGGAGCUGAGCCACCUGCCCAGUCCAGACCCCUAAUCCCCAGCCCCCAGGCAAUCAGCAAUCGCACCAAGGGGGCCAGAGCACCAGAGACUGAGGAACCCCCAACCCCACUGAGUCAGCAGACUCCCAGGCCACCGUCUAGCCCGACCGGCACCCUGUGUCCCGCAGAGUCCAGCAAGGCGAAGGCGCAGAGGCCAGAGUCGGACGGACUGGACGAGCCAGACACCUCGGACAGUGAGAAGGCCCCAAGUUCCGAGGCGGAUGCCAAGCCCAGCACGCCAAGGGAGGGGCCCAGGUGCUCCUGCGACAAGGAGCUCCAGCACGGUCUGCAGCGCAAACGGAAGCGGGCGUCGGCCCCCCAGGGCAAAGGUACUAGAUACGGGGGCGGGGCUAGGGGGGCGGGACCACAGCAGCGGCAGCGCGGGCGGGGCCCUGGGGGCGUGGCGUGCUGGCUCCGCUGGGCUGGCGCUGCUCAGAUGUUUGCUGAGGGUGGUGCUUUGGGCCCCGGCUCCCCGGAUAAGGCCGCAGGGGCUGCGGGCCUGCCUCGGGUGUCCGGACAGCCUCCCCCUUCCCGCUCUGGCCAGGAACCCACUUGGGCCUCCCAGCCUGACUUGGGUCCUCCUUCCACAGCCUCCAGGAAGUCCUCCCGAGGGAGAUGGAAACCUCCAGAGCCCCUGGCAGUGGGCGGGGGGCCUGGGAGCCCACAGGACACUGAGGACAGCAGCCCCUCACCCAGCAGCCGGGACUGGGAGGAGACCUAGCCAGGCCAGGCGGAGGGGGUGGGUGCUCUCAGGGAUUGCACACUCCCCAGCUGCCACAGCCAGGACAGACCACAUCACCAAGCAGUGGAGACCCAGGCCAGGUUCCAGGCAGUGAACGGAUGGAUAGCCAGCAGUGGGGCCAGGAAGGCCUAGAGGGAACCCUCCAACCCCCCAGGAUCUCAGAAAUGCCUCCUGGCCCAGCGCCUGCUUCUUUGGGGGGAAUGGGGAGGGGAGUGUAGAGGAGGAUCGCUCAGCUCCUCCUCCCACGCGGGCAGGCCAUCCCGGCAUCGCACCCCCCCCACCAAGAUGCUUCAGACCAUCCCGGAUGCCUCCUCCCCUAUGCCUC